GAUGAAAAUGUUUUUUAAUCCACUGUUUCUGAUUAUGACUUUGUAGUCAUGAUGUUGCUUGAACUGAUAAUGGCUGCUGUUUUGGGGACCAUUAUCUACUUGUUCCUAACUAAGACAAAGGAGAAAGUUCUACCUAUAGGAGAUGGAUGGUGGGCUGCAGGAGAGAAGCCUGACUCUGAAGAAGAUACAGUGAUACGUCCUUUUAAAGUGGUCACCUCAGAGGAGGAGAUCCAGGAUCUACAUCAAAGACUUGACAAAGCUAGAUUUGCAGACCCAUUGGAGGACAGUUAUUUUCAUUAUGGGUUUAAUGCAACUUACCUUAAAAAAAUUGUCUCUUAUUGGAGAAAUGAAUUCAACUGGAAGAAACAAGUGGAAAUUCUCAAUCAAUUCCCACAAUUCAAAACAAAGAUUGAAGGAAUUGAUGUCCAUUUUCUUCAUAUAAAACCCCUGCACUUGUCUGAAGGGCAGUCUGCUAAACCUUUAUUGAUGAUCCAUGGGUGGCCUGGCUCAGUGUAUGAACUGUACAAAAUUAUCCCUCUUUUGACUGACCCUGCAAACCAUGGCCUGAAUGGUGACCAUGUUUUUGAGAUGAUUUGUCCUUCCAUCCCCGGCUUUGGCUUCUCAGAGGCUCCUCACAAAAAAGGCUUUAAUCCUAUGUGUGCUGCCCGUGUCUUCUAUAAGUUAAUGCUCAAAUUGGGCUUUCAAAAAUUCUACGUUCAGGGAGGGGACUAUGGGUCUGUGAUAUGCACAAACCUGGCUCAGAUUGCUCCGUGCCAUGUGAAAGGCAUUCACAUAAAUUUAGUAUACGUGAGCACUCUCGGCUUCAAGCGGCUACUCUCCAUUCUGUUGGGACAAUAUUUCCCAGGACUAUUUGGCUUCCAGGCAGAAGAUAUUCAACGGCUCUUUCCUUUCAAAAGAAAGGUGCUCCACAGAAUUUUUCUGGAGACUGGCUAUCUCCACCUUCAAGCUACAAAGCCAGACACUGUAGCCUGUGGCUUGAAUGACUCUCCUGUGGGAUUGGCUGCAUACGUCUUGGAGAAGUUUUCUACAUGGACUGAUUCCAGUUUUAAAAAACUAGAAGAUGGAGGACUAGAAAAAAAGUUCACUCUGGAUGACCUGCUCACAAAUGUAAUGAUCUAUUGGGCUUCAGGUUGUGUGGUUUCUUCAAUGCGCUUCUACAAAGAAUGUUUCGGGAAGGGUAUUGGCAUAGAAAAACAUGAGACGCUCCCUGUGGAAGUUCCCACAGGAAUUGCCGCAUUUCCCAAUGAAGUCUUGCAUUUUCCUCGGUCAUGGGCUCAAAAGAAGUAUGUUAACAUCGUUUCAUUCAACUUCAUGCCUCGAGGAGGUCAUUUUGCAGCUUUUGAGGAACCAGCGCUCCUUGCAGCAGACAUCCUACAGUUUGUAGAUAAAGUAGAAAAAGCCACCUUUGUCCAGUGAAGAAGAAGAAAGGUUGCGUGAUGGAAAUGGUUUUACCUUCAGUGCAGGAUUAUUGAGAUUAAAUAUGAGAAAAGGUUAUU